AUGACCCUCCACGUCCAUCAACUCUCGCCCUCCAACCCGGUCGACCACCUUUACCUGCCGGCCAUCGCGCGGGUCCAUCUCGCAGCAUGGCUGACCGUUCCGCUCAUGCGGGCCAUCUACUAUGGCCCGCCUGACGCCUAUCCGGGCUAUCUCGCGUCGAUUCUGGAGCGGCAUUCGCGGGCGUUUCGCGAAGAAAAAAAUUGUCGGUUUGCCGUGGUCUUGGACGAUGCGUUGCCAGCUGACGAGGAGGUUGUGGAGAGAACGACGGAGGAUGAUGGGGAUGCUCAAGGACAAGGGACGCCAACGACGACGCCCAAGGGCAAAGUCAUCGCCGCGAUCAAGUAUUACUUCAUCGACACCGAUCUCUUCCCUCCGUCCUCUGCCACCACUAGCACAGCAGAACCAAAGCCGACAUCCUCUUCCUCAAACGCUGAACGAUCAUGGCCACCCUACUCGCACGCGGCGCUCGCUUCGGACACCUGGUCGCAUCUCGUCCGCUCACGCACGCGUCUCAGCUGUGCCCUCGGCUCCCACGUGCUCGUAGACAACCUGUACACCGACCCCAACCACCACCGUCGCGGCGCAGGCGGGAUGCUCAUGCGUCUUGCAUGCGAAGAGGCAGACCGCCGGGGGUGGCCCAGCAUGCUUGAAGCGUCACCCAAGGGUAUCGGAGUCUACCAGUCUGUGGGAUUUCGGAGAUUCAACGCCAAUGAAGAAAGAGACGAACAGGGAGGAGCGGAGAUAUGGGCUGAUCUCCAACGGUGGGAAAAUGGAGGGGAUAGAGGAGUUGAAUUUUCGGAGCAGAGAUUGAAGCAGGACGGUGGAAGGAGGGGAGAAGGGUGGUAUUGUCAGGUUGUCAUGGUUAGGCCUGCUGGGACGGGCGGAAUCGGUGCCAGCGAUGGCAAGGAAGUGGCCGGAAUGAGCAAGGGCGAGGCUGCCGUUGUAUAA